AGGGCGAAAACCCCUCUCUCUCUCUCUCUCUCUGCCCCCUUCUCUCUCCUCACGCGCUACCUCCCUCUCCUCUGUGUUUCUUUCCAAAUAAAACAAGCGAGCGAAUUUAAUGCUGGAUUCUCAUUCUCUCCCCCUAAAUUCUGACAUCGAUCCAUUCAGAGCUCUAUCGAAAAUUGUUUUGUUCAGUGAGAGAAGAAUUUGGGAAACCCUAAACUCUUUCUUGCUCUCUGGACUAAAGAGGAGAAGGAGGAGGAGGAUCGUUGCAUCGACGCCGUCGUCCUCCGCUUCGAAUUCACCGCUUGCAUUAGCUGCAUUGCAAUCAUAAGGCUUACAUAUUACAGGUUUGUAGGAGUUCUACACCAAAGAAAAACGAAAAUGAAUGGAGAUGGGGCUUUUAAUGCACAUAUUUUGGUUGAUAAACUUGCUAAGCUCAACAGUUCGCAGCAGAGCAUUGAGACUCUAUCACAUUGGUGUAUCUUCCAUAGGAGGAACGCGAAACAAGUUGUUGAGACAUGGGAGCGACAAUUUUAUUCUUCUCCGAAAGAUCAACGGUUGUAUUUUUUGUAUCUUGCAAAUGAUAUUCUGCAGAACAGCCGGCGUAAGAGUAUGGAAUUUGUUGGCGAAUUUUGGAAAGUUAUUCCCUAUGCACUUCGUGAUGUGAUUGAUAAUGGUGAUGAGUUCGGGAGAAAAGCUGCUGUCAGACUGGAAAACAGCAAAGAAAUCAGCCAGGCAGAUUGGCGGUCGACCGCCGCGGUCAACCGCGAACGUGCACGAAGACUACCAGGAUUCGGAGCUGCUGGCGGUCAUCGCGGAUGACUGUAAGUGUUUUUAC